GCGGAGGGAGCUGGAGGAGCACAGACCGCUUCAGUACUGAGCAGGACUGCAGAGCAGGCGGAGCCCCGCACCCGAAGAAAGGACAUUUUAAACAGAAGGGGACGGACGUUGGAUUGUAGAUCUGGGAUUGUGGAUCUGGAAACAACUCAGCGGUCAAAGGGUUCAUCUGAAACCCGCUGCUCCAGAGCUCCGGACCCGGGAUUAGACCCUGACCUGCCGCACGGAGAGACCGACAGAAGGUCGAGUGUGUCGCGGUGGUCGUGGGGCCGCAGCAGAGAGAGAUGCGUGGAUCACCGGACCAAGCAGCGGUGUAACUUGGCCAGUCGCUGCAGCGGAUACUCAGACGAAACACCGCGAGGCCGGCUACUCAGGAGUUUCUCAUCCUCGCGAUAACAAAAGACGGACAGCUGCGAGAGGAUUGUGAUCUGGCGUCUCCGAACGUGAACGUGAACCAAAGCUCCGCUCCGCCCCGGUAAGAGUCGCCCUGAGGCCGACGGCAUGGAGGUUCGCGUCGGGGGCGGGUCGGUGCCGGUGGAGGGGAUGUGAGGGCGGCCGGGCCAGAAGGCUCCAAUGAGCAGGUAGACCCGACGUCACCAUGGCCCAGACCAGCCUUCUGCAGGGCAAGCGCUUCUACUGCCGCGACUGGGUCUUCCACAAGAUCCAGCACUGUCUGCAGGAGAAGACCGCCGGGCCCCCCCUGCCGGGGUCCGCGCCGGGGCCGGUCCCUAGCGCCACCCCGCCCCCACCGGGCCCCCCCCCCUCCUCCUCCACCUCCACCCCCAAGCCCGGGGCCCCCUGGGGGGUGCUGCUGGUGGGGGGUCCGGGCAGCGGGAAGACAGCGGUGGCCACGGAGCUGCUAUGGCCCACCUCGCCCCAGAGCACCCAGCGCGGGCUGCACCGCCACGCCCUGGCCUUCCACUUCUGCCGCGCGGACGACGCCCACACGCUGAGCCUGGGGGGCUUCGUGCGCGGGCUGGUGGCCCAGCUGGGCUCCGGGGGCCUGUUGCCCGGCUACGAGGAGGCGGUCCGAGAGCCGGCGGUCCAGAGCGCCCUGCAGCCCGGAGAGUGUGAGAGGAACCCCUCGGACGCCUUCAAGAGGUGUGUUCUGCUGCCCCUGCUGAGCGUGAGGCCUCCGCAGCAGGCCGUUUUCCUGCUGGUGGACUCCGUGGACGAGGGCUGCCAGCUGGGGGACAAGGAGCACAAGUCCCCCCCGGGCUCCCCCAGGACCAUCGCCGAGCUCCUGGCCAGCCACCACGAGUUCUUCCCCCCCUGGCUGCUGCUCGUCUGCUCGGCCCGCAGGCAGAACAAGGCCAUCACCAAACUGUUCACAGGUUUCCGUAAGAUCAGCCUGGACGACCUGCGCAAGGCCUACAUCGUGAAGGACGUGCAGCAGUACAUCCUGCACCGGCUGGACCAGGAGGAGGCGCUGCGGCAGCACCUCACCAAGGAGACGGCCGAGAUGCUGAACCAGCUGCACAUCAAGAGCAGCGGAUGCUUCCUGUACCUGGAGCGCGUGCUGGACGGCGUGGUGGAGAGCUUCAUCAUGCUCCGCGAGAUCCGCGACAUCCCCGGCACGCUCAACGGCCUGUACCUGUGGCUGUGCCAGCGGCUCUUCGUCAGGAAACAGUUCGCCAAGGUGCAGCCCAUACUCAACGUGAUCCUGGCCACGUGCCGGCCGCUGACCGUCAAAGAACUGUUCCACGCCGUGUGGACUAAAAACAUGGCCCUCACCAUGGAGGAGUUCCAGAAGAAGAUGGACAUCCUCUCCAAGCUGUUGGUCAACGGCCUGGGGAGCUCCAAGAUCCUCUUCCACUACAGCUUUGCGGAGUGGUUGCUGGAUGUGAAGCACUGCACCCAGAAGUACCUGUGCAACGCGGCCGAGGGACACCGCAUGCUGGCGAUGAGCUACACCUGCCGGGCCAAGCAGCUCAAACCGCUGGAGGUGCAGGAGUUCGCCCUGCACCUCGUCAACUCCAACCUGCAGAUCGAGCCCUAUCACCUGGCGCUCUGGAUGGUGUGGAACGGCACUCCGGCCAAAGACUCCCUGAUGACCUCCAUACCCAGGGAGCAGGAGGUGCUGCAGCUCCUGGUGAAAGCCGGAGCCCACGUCAGCAGCGAGGACGACCACAGCUCGUGCAUCGUGCAGCAGGCCCUGGAGAGGGAGGACUCCAUUCGGACGUUGCUCGACAACGGGGCGUCGGUCAACCAGUGCGACUCCCACGGCAGGACUCUGCUGGCCAACGCGGCCUACAGCGGGAACCUGGAGGUGGUCAACCUCCUCGUGUCCAGGAGGGCCAACAAGGAGCUCCAGGACAACCACGGACAGACGGCACUUACCCUGGCGGCCAGGCAGGGCCACACCAAGGUGGUCAACUGCCUCAUCGACUGUGAAGCCAACAUCAACCACACGGACCACGACGGCUGGACGGCCCUGCGCUCGGCAGCGUGGGGCGGGCACUCGGAGGUGGUGUCGGCGCUGCUCUACGCCGGCGCCAAGGUGGACUGCGCCGACGCCGACAACCGGACGGCGCUCAGGGCGGCGGCGUGGGGCGGCCACGAGGACAUCGUGCUGAACCUCCUCCUGCACGGGGCGGAGGUCAACAAGGCGGACAACGAAGGACGGACGGCGCUCAUCGCCGCCGCGUACAUGGGCCACCGGGAGAUCGUGGAGCACCUGCUGGACCACGGCGCCAAGGUGAACCACGAGGACGUGGACGGGAGGACGGCGCUGUCGGUGGCGGCCCUGUGCGUCCCCGCCAGCAAGGGGCACGCGGCGGUGGUGAGCCUCCUCAUCGACCGCGGGGCGGAGGUGGACCACUGCGACAAGGACUGCAUGACGCCGCUGUUGGUGGCGGGCUACGAGGGACACGUGGACGUGGUGGACCUGCUCCUGGAGGGAGGCGCGGACGUGGACCACACGGACAACAACGGGCGCACGCCGCUCCUCGCCGCGGCCUCCAUGGGCCACGCCUCGGUGGUCAACACGCUGCUGUUCUGGGGCGCGGCCGUCGACAGCAUCGACAGCGAAGGGAGGACGGUCCUGAGCAUCGCCUCGGCCCAGGGCAACGUGGAGGUGGUGCGGACUCUGCUGGACAGAGGGCUGGACGAGAACCACAGGGACGACGCCGGCUGGACCCCCCUGCACAUGGCCUCGUUCGAGGGCCACCGGCAGGUGUGCGACGCACUGAUCGAGCAGGGCGCCCGCGGCACGGAGGUGGACAACGACGGCAGGAUACCCCUCAUCCUGGCGGCCCAGGAGGGCCACUACGACUGCGUGCAGAUCCUCCUGGAAAACAAGUCGUGCGUCGACCAGCGGGGCUACGAUGGGAGGAACUCCAUCCGGGUGGCCGGGCUCGAGGGCCACCGGGACGUCGUGGAGCUGCUGCUGAGCCACGGCGGCGACAUCGACUACAAGGACGCCGACGGGCGUCCCACGCUCUACAUCCUCGCCCUGGAGAACCAGCUGGCCAUGACGGAGUACUUCCUGGAGAACGGGGCGGACGUGGAGGCGAGCGACACGGAGGGUCGCACGGCGCUCCACGUGUCCUGCUGGCAGGGCCACCUGGAGAUGGUGCGGCUGCUCGUCCACCGCCAUGCCGACGUCAACUCCUGCGACAACGAGAGGCGCUCAGCGCUGCAGUCGGCCGCGUGGCAGGGCCACACCGAGGUGGUGCGCUUCCUGAUCGACAGCGGCACUCACGUGGAUCACACCUGCAACCAGGGGGCCACGGCGCUGGGCAUCGCGGCCCAAGAGGGCCACAUCGACGUGGUCCAGAUCCUCCUGGAGCACGCCGCCGACCCCAACCACGCCGACCAGUUUGGACGCACUGCCAUGAGGGUGGCGGCGAAGGGAGGCCACUCGAUGAUCAUCAAGCUGUUGGACAAGUACGGCGCCAACGCGCUGAGCGGGUCCAACCCCUCGCCGGUGCACACCAUGGAGGACCGGGCGCCGCUGUCGGUGGGCGGCAGGAUGCAGUCACUCACCAUCAAGUCCAACAGCUCUGGCAGCACCGGUGUCGGGGACACGCAGUCGUGCGCGCGUGGCAUGCCCAAUGGACCCGUGCACGCCUUCAGCUCUCCGUCAGAGUCUCCGGACUCCACCGCCGACCGGCACAAGUCGUCGCUCUCCAACAACUCCCUCAAGAGCUCCAAGAACUCCUCUCUGAGGACCACCUCCUCCACGGCCACCGCACAGACCGUCCCCAUCGACAGCUUCCACGGCCUGACCUUCACGGAGCAGAUCCAGCAGCACUCGCUGCCCCGCAGUCGCAGCCGCCAGUCCAUCGCCUCGCCCUCCUCCACCACAAAGUCCACCAACCAGCUGCCGGCGUCGCCGUCCAGCGACUUCGACUGGACCCAGCUGAAACCGGGACCCAAGUCCACCAAAGGAAGCAAGGGCGGCAACGGGACGUCUAACAGCAGAGGGGUGUCGGGGGACAGGAAGAAACCCAAGAACAGCCGCUCAGCCCCGGGCCAGGUGCUGGAGUACGAGAUGACCCAGUUCGACAAGAGGAUCGCCCUGAACAAGGCGGUGGGCAACAUCUCAGUGAAGGACCCGCAUUGUAAGAUCAUGAUCGGCAGCCCAGGCCCAGAGGGCGGGAAGGGCCAGGACCAGCUCUUCAUCCAGCAGCAGAGCACUGCAGAGAAGAAGAGGAACUGCAUCCUGACCAACCCCAACUACCACCUCCAGGGCACCCAAGUGUUCCUGGGUCGGGUCUCGGUGCCGCGGACCGUCCAGAACGGGGGGCACCAGGAUAUGCUGGACAACUACCCCAUAGGGGAGACAGAUCUCAGCCUUAAACAAGCCCUCAAACACCAGCUGGAAGGUCCAGAGGCUGGGUUCAACUACAAGAAGGAGACUCCAUUAUAGCGGAUGUCCUGUACGCCAUCUACCAAACAGACAUGGGAGGGAACGUGCCAAAGCAACUGUUGUCAUCAAAAUGCGUAGAGACAGAGUUAGAUUUGUUUUCGCCACCAGUGGAAGACCUCAAGAAAAACAAAAACUAUGAGAAAAACGACGACUAAGGGAAGAUUGUGUGGCUUUGGUGACUUGAUACUCUGAUGUGCCUACUGUUACAGCCUUCUCCGUGUAACCAUGCACAAUAUCAUUUUAAUUUAAUAAUGUACUGAUAUUUAAUAAGCAGUGUAUGCACUUUUUUUCAAGAUGGUAAAAUGACAGACAUGCAUUUUGUUUUAAUGUUUGCCUUUUAUUUCUGAGCAAAACAUACCAGUGCUUUGUUUUUAUUAUCAUUUUAUACUCCAUGUUCUCAACGUGUCUGACCCGGCCAGGGGACACUGAGAUGAAGCCCGACCAUCAGCCCAUCUCUUUUCAGCCUGCAGCCCGCAGACGAUCAGCGUGAACCUUGAUUGUUGUUCAUAACGUGUGUCAUGCGCCACACGACGUCAGCAGCUAUGGACGUGUAUGGAAGUGUAUACGGGACUAUUUAUUUUUGGAAGAGAAAGCCACUUUUUUUUGCUCUGUUUCGUUGUGUGUUGUCGCUCCAGCGUGGGGCUGUGUUCACCGGAGCCCCCUGGGUCCGUGUGUUGUGUCGUAUCACAGAUCCUCCAGAGAGAGCGAGAGACCUUGUUCACAUGUUUAAAAACCUGCGAGUUAAUUUCGUCCCUAUGGGAUUCCCUUUUUCAGUUGUUUUCGUGUGUCGUAUGUUUCUGUGUGCAUUUAAGAUAUUUAAAUAACCCAGCGCUCGCCCGCAUCCCGUUCAGCGCCAAACGCAACAACGCCGCGUGAAGCCAGCAAUCCAACGGAGACUCGAAUCCCCGCCGGCCGCACUGGUCCUACUACGCCCGCCACAAGGGGCGCCACAUUGGCCGCCACAACGGCAACCACAAUGGCCACUUGUUCUCCGGAUCUCGGGCAUGCGGCCUCACGACCUUCAACAGCACAGGAAGUGAGGUCACGAGGGUUUGGGCCGCGAAAACGUCUCACACACCUCAAUGGCUGCUGUAGUGGUCCUGAACCACCGCACCGUAGACUCAUCCAGAUGAAUUCCCCCCCACUGCCUCCCCCCCCCGUACCCGGAGCAGCUGUACAUCAAAUCAGCAGACCCCUAACCCCGAGGUGUGGACCAAUAGGACGACAGCACCAGGACAGGAAGUGUGCAGGAAGGAAAACGAGAACAUCUGUUUCUCGUGAGCGACCUGUUAGUGUUUACCGGCUGUGCCGUAUUUUCAUUGGCUCCUCGUGGCGACGCGGCGGAGUGGGCUGGUGGGCGGUGGAACCGUUCCAAGUGCAUGCUGGGAUACGCCGUACGCCCUUGUCCAAACUCUCCCGUCGUGGUCUGAUGCUGUUCGGGGACGCGGCGUGGAGGAGUGAGGGGCUCGGCUCUCUCUGGUCUGGCGGUCGCGUGUCACGCCUGUCUGCUCCCUGUGUCUCUUAUCUGAUUGGACGGCUUCCUGCGGGGAUUGUAAAUAGCUUACCGUGUACAUUCAACUUUCAUCCAACAGAAGAUUCCUGUAUAAUAUGAAGUGGAAUUUUCUGAUGUAUAUUAAAGUGCUUAAUAAACAUAUUUGCUUUACUGCUGGAAAAACAA